AUUCAACUUUUAAAAAAAUUCACAAUAAAUGUAAAAUUGAUGUUAAAUAUUAAAUGCCGAAAUAAUAUAUACCCAAAAGCAAAGAUUAAAAGAUUUUUUGUGCCCGAUGAUAAAGUAUCAUGGAAUUCAAUUUGGCCCCAAUAUACACCAUUUAAAUAUACUUCAAAGCACAUUAAUAGUCAACCAGUUUAUGCAGAUCCUCCACUAGACGAAAACCAUAGUGAUGAUGUCAAUAAAUAUUUGAAUAAAGGUUCAGAGUAUAAUUAUGCUACCAUGGAAAAAGAUAUAAUUUGGAAUGCCAAAGGAGAUAAAGUUAAUCGAAUCAGUCAUAUGAAAAAUUACAGGAUAAUUAAUGGGCUGCCAAUAAAUCCUAUUGGUAGAACUGGUAUUAUUGGUAGAGGAAAUUUAGGUAAAUGGGGUCCGAAUCAUGCUAUUGAUUUAAUAUUAACUAAAUGGCAUAUGCAAUCAUCAGUGGAAAAUGAUCAUUCUCUUAAUCUAUACAAUAUAUUUGAAAAACUUAAAGACAUGACCUAUCACAAUGUAAAUAAUUUAAUACUUCAGUUCUUAGCUAUUAAAAGAAAAGAUAAUAAUCAAUGGGCCUUUCCAGGUGGUAUGGUUGAUAACAAUGAGGAUCCAGUUAAAGACACAUCUCCUAGAGAAUUUGCAGAGGAAUCCCUGAAUCUAUUAUCUUAUCACUAUUCAAAAAACGAUGAUAGAAAGAAAAUUUUGCUAACGACUUUGGAACAACUUUUUGCCGAAUAUGGUUCAGUCGUGUAUCAGGGGUAUGUGGACGAUCCCAGGAAUACCGAUAACGCUUGGAUAGAAACCGUAGCUACCAACAUUCAUUUGGGUGGCGGGCCUGGCGAAAAAUGUCCGGAUCCGAAAAAAUUCGCCAUUCUAAAGAACUAUCCUUUGCAAAGCGGCGACGACGCGAUAGACAUCAGAUGGAUAGAUGUAGUCAAAGAGAAUCGAGGAGUGUUGGAUAAUUUAUACGCCUCUCACUUAGAUAUUCUUGGGAUAGUUUUGAAGAAACAUAAUUGUACAAAAAUGAUGGAUUAGAGCAUACACUUAAUUUAGAUAAGCCCUGUAGUUUGCCAAUAUAUUUGUAUAAAAUCAAUACUUUUCUUUCCUUGUAUUUUAUUUAAUACAAUCCUAAUUUAUAUUACCCCCCACCCCCCUUUUCUUACAUUCUUUAUUUAUUUCCUUCAUUUUUUUCUUUUCUAUUCAUAUUUUCUUAUCUCUUUUUUUUAGUUCUUUCUUUACGAAUUAUUAGUUAUCUUCUUACGUUUAAUUGAUUACUAAAUAAAAUGUAAUACUGCUAAAAUCUAGUGUUAUUUAACGGCCCGGCCCGUUUUGAGCCGAUUUUUAUAAACGGCUAACUCAAUAUUUUAGCCAGAUAAAUAUUGUCUAAGACUCGAGAUUUCGAUAAUAUAUGUCUAGACCAUUGUUCCUUCUAUGAACAAAAUCUUCAGGCCUGCGUAAUAUUUUUAUGGAUGAAAUAUUGAAUUAGCCGUUUUUGAAAAAUCAGUUAAAAACGAGCCGUCUAAAACACUACAUAUACCUAACA